CCUCCAGCCCACCACCAAGUAUGUCUACCAGAUGCAUCAUGCCAUGGCUCGUGUCUUCGAAACGUUCAAGGACUCGAAAUAUGCGAUAUUCAUCGACGAAGGUUUCCGGGCGCGACCGGGAUUCCUGCGCUACUUCGGCCAGACUCUGUCCCUGCUCGACCAGGAUGAUUCGGUCUUCAGCGUGUCAGCCUGGAACCACAACGGUUUUGAAGGCCUGUCCCAGGACCCCAGCCUUGUCUACAGAACGGAAGAUUUCCCUGCAACUGGGUGGGUCGUGCGGAGGUCAGUGUGGGAGUCAGAGGUCAGAGGGAAGGAGGCGGCCUGCUGUAUGGUCUUCCCCUGGCACAGCUGGUUCGGAGGUGACCUGAAGGGCCGGGAGGUCCUUGUGCCAGACGUGUCUCGUGUGGAGUACAUCGUGAGGGAAGGUUUGUUUGAGGACGACGCGUUCAGACAAGACUACUUCCCUGGGCGCAGCUCAAACAGCGAGCCUGUUCAGGAUGUAUCAGAUGUGCAGAAGUUGAGCAGAGAUGUUUACGAGGAGGAGGUGAAGCGCCUCAUCAGCUCCAGCACUCCUCUCCAGCCCUCCCAGUUCUCCACAUGCCUCACACAACAGGAGCACUUCGCGGGGCCGGCAGAGAAAGGGAAAGUUUUUACUGUCUACUUUGAACAAGAAAAUCCAACAGACAGAAGAGUUCUGCAGAAACUGGCCGGCUGCUUUCACUUAUUCAGGCAGGAGGGUGACGUAAGAAGGCUUCACAAGAACAUGCUCAGGUACCUUCACUUUUCCAAGAAAACUGCACCAAGAACAUGCUCAGCAGCGGAUGAUCAUCGUGUGGAAUACUGA